UAUUUGUGUAAACUGAAUAUUGCAAACAUCACUGGUUGUUCCCUUAUCGGUGACGUGAAAUGUGCUUAUCUGCGAACAUCUGCUGUCUAAUUCUGAUCAAGCAUCAAUUCUAACGUUGAAAUAUUGUGUAAAGAGAGGGAGAAGUAAAUGUGAGACGAGUGGAAUAAACGCCAAUAUUGCUGUAUUUUCAGAGGAAGAAGUAAAAGUGAGACGGGUGGAAUAAACGCCACACUGAGGAAUUAAACUUGUCAAAAAUGGAAAAAGAUAGAAAAGUAUUUAACGAUCCUAUCCAUGGAAAUAUAGAGUUACAUCCCCUUUGUGUGAGGAUCGUCGACACGCCGCAGUUCCAACGUCUGAGAUUCAUAAAGCAGCUGGGCGGCGCCUAUUUCGUCUAUCCUGGAGCCGCACACAACAGAUUCGAACAUUCAAUCGGGGUUUGCCACUUGGCUGGACGGCUGGUACGAGCUCUAAAGGAAAAGGAAUUUGAGGACCUCGAGGAAAAAUUUAAAAUUACUCCGGCAGAUAUACUGUGCGUAGAAGUGGCAGGAUUGUGUCAUGAUCUCGGUCAUGGACCAUUUUCACAUCUCUUUGACAAAACGAUAAUUCCUAAAUUACGAAAGGAAAAAUGGGAGCAUGAAAAUGGAUCUGUAGAUAUGUUUCGUUACAUGUUAAAAGUAAACGAUGGCCUUCAGGAGGAAUUUGAAAAACAAGGAAUCACAUCUAAAGACCGAACAUUCAUAGAGGAACUAAUCGUAACAUUAAAACCAGAGGAGCUUCGCAAGGAAUGGAAGUAUAAAGGAAGGCCAAAAGAGAAAGGAUUCUUGUACGAGAUUGUGUCAAACAAACGGAAUGGUAUAGAUGUUGACAAAUGGGACUACUUUGCACGUGACUGUCACAUGCUUGGCAUUGGAAACAACUUCAAUCACAAUCGAUGUAUAGCUUUCGCAAGGGUGAUUGAUGUCGAUGUCGAUGGAGAAAGAGAAAGACAGAUAUGUUAUAGGAAUAAGGAGGCUGCCAACCUGUACGAUAUGUUUCAUACCCGAUACUUACUCCAUAACAGGGCGUAUCAACACAAGACAAACAAUAUCAUUGAAUAUAUGAUAUCUGAAGCGCUCGUGUUAGCUAAUGACUUCAUUACAUUUCCUGGACAGAACGGGAAACAACGUAAAAUGUCCGAGGCAAUAGAUGAUAUGGAGGCUUAUAGCCUUCUGAAUGAUGGCGUCAUUUACAAUAUUCUUGGGAGUAGGAGUUCUGAUUCAAAUAUGAUAAAAUCCAAAAACAUCCUUCUGCGUGUUUUAAGAAGGGAUUUGUAUAAACUUGUCGGAGAAAAAAGAUUCGCCCACAACACGUUUAAAGACGAGACUGAUGUUAAAAAAGACAUCGGAAAUGUUACCAGCGACACAGAAGAUGGCAAUACUAUCAUAGACCUUGUUAAUCUCAAUUACGGGAAGAAGGAUAUGAAUCCAAUAGACUUCGUCAACUUCUACUCCAAGGAAGAACCGGAUAAGGCAGAACCAAGACACAAAGAAGAUGUAUCUUUGUUACUGCCGAAGGACUUUGCAGAACAACUGGUGCGCGUCUACUGCAAGGACCCGAAGUUCUACACAAGCGUAAAAGAAAGGUUCGAUAAUUGGUCGAAAAAUACAUUGAAACGUGCUAAGAAACAGAAAAUGUCCAAGUGAUUGGAGGUCGAAAUCGAGGCUAUUCAGAAUCAAGUCAGUGAUUGGAGAAUGAAAUCGAGGCUAAUCAGAAUCAACAUAGUGAUUAGGGGAAUUGUUUGAACCCCAAGCAAAUCCUGAUACUCUUUAUAAAAAGGAACUUAAUACUUAAUAUUUAUUGUUGUUUUUCUUGCACUUAGCUAUUCUAACAUAGUUCAAACCAAAUGUAUGUGGUGUUCAAUGUCAAGCAGUGUUGAAGAAAGUUGAACAACCUAUUGGCAGAAGACAUGUUUGCUUUUUAGCUCACUUGAGCCAAAGGGUCAUGGUGAGCUUUUGUGACCGCUCAAUGUCCGUCGUCCGUCGUGCGUCGUGUGUUGUGUGUCCGUCAGCAUUUUCUAUAAAAAAACUUCUUCUUGAAAAUCACUGGGCAGAAUCACACCAAACUUCACAAGAAGGAUCCUUGGAUGACCCCCUUUCAAAAUUGUUCAAAGAAUUGAAUUCUAUGUAGAACUCUGGUUGCCAUGGUAACCGAAAGGGAAAAAAACUUUAAAAAUCUUCUUGUACAAAACAACAGGGCCUAGGGCUUUGAUAUCUGGUAUGUAGCAUCAUCUAGUGGUCCUCUACCUACCAAGAUUGUUCAAAUUAUCCCCCUAGGAUAAAAUAUGGCUCCGCCCCGGGGGGUCAUACGGUUUAUAUAGACUUAUAUAGGGAAAACUUUGAAAAUCUUCUUGUACAAAACCACAUGGCCUGGGGUUUUGAUAUUUUGUAUGUAGCGUCAUCUAGUGGUCCUCUACCAAGAUUGUUCAAAUUAUCCCCUAGGGUCAAAUAUGGCCCGGUCCCGGGGGUCCCAAGUUUUACAUAUAUAGGAAAAGACUUUAAAAAUCUUCUUGUCAGAAACCACAAGACCUAGGCCUUUGAUAUUUGUUUGUAAUAUUUUCUUAUAGUUUUCUACCAAAAUCGUUCAAAUUAUACCCCUGGGGUGUAUAUGAGUUAUAUAGGAAAAGUACUUAAAAAUUAUCUGAUCCUAUUUCCUAAACUGUUUAAUUAUAAUUACCUGAUGAUCCCAAGUAACAUGAUAUCACUUGACUGUGACCUUGACCUGCUGACCUACUUUCUUAUGUUUUAAGAUACAGCCUUGAAAUUUGGAAGACAUGCACAGUUUUGCACAGCGAUCUUAAAACUGACUUUCAUUGACCAUGAAUAUGACCUACUGACUUUCUUAAUGUUUUAGCAUCAGUUUGAUUUUUGAAACAUGUAGCUCAUAUUACUCAGGUGAGCGAUCCAGGGUCUUGAUGACCAUCUUGUUUUUUUCAAUAUUCAAAACUUGAAGCUAGAAUUUAUGUUUAGAUUAUCGCAACAGUUUUUUAUGAAAUAGUUUUACCAGAAGUAUAAAUGAUAUAAAAUGAUAAUAGACAUCGUUUUCUUGUUUAUAACCUAGAAGUUUUACAGAUAAUUCAGUUUAAGUUUUUAUCGUAAGAUAAUUGAAAGUUAUGUCUAAAAUAGACGAUGAAGUACAUUCGCUGAACUGUCGAAUGUCUGUUUUACUGUCGACCUCUGUAUUACUGUCGACGUUCUUUUUAUUCGUUUUUAAAUUUGAAUUUAGAUCACCUUGGUGUUUCACUCAUUUACACUUAUUGUAUAUGUAGAUUGUAGCUUUAUCUCUUUAUUGUUGUCAUAUCAAACAUUUACAGACUGAGGUGUAAUUGUGAUGUACAUUUGUGAUAACUAAAUGUGAUAAUUUCUGUUAUUUCAUUUUUGACUGUUUCUACAAGUUGUUCCUAUUUUAAACCAUCAUUAUAACCAUGACUUAAUCUGGUAGACACAUAAUCACAGUCGGCAAAACACGUUUUCUCCAUAUGCAACUUCGGCACUUUCCGGUUAAUACGGGAAGUCAUGUCCGCCCGAAGAAUGCCGAAUACAUAAUCAUACGGAAUGACAUACGCGUCAACUUCCUUAUAUCUUUUCUGUGUCCUAUAAUCCAUUUAAUGCAUAUGGAAAGCGAUUGUUAAACCUUCAGUAAGGUAUUUCUAUACUGUUGAUUUUUUUCUAAAACAAAUAAUCUCUUGUUUAACAUAUUACAUUUUCGCAACUGAAGUUUUUUUCCCUACAUUUCAUACAAUAUGUAACGCAACAUAAGUUUUUAUAAUAGUAAUUUCAGACAUAGAUUGAACCUAUUUUUUCUGAGAAUAUAGGAUAAUACCUCUCUCAUACGUGAGUAAAAUUAGCACACAAAAACGAACGUCCCAAAAUUAUCCCAACUGUGCUAAAAACUUGGACUGAACUGAAUCCAGUUAGCAGAGUAACAAACAUUUUUAUUAAUCAAAGUGACAUUUCUUGUAUUCGUUGUGAUACUUUUACAGAGUUUUAGGCCAAGUAGAAUGCAUACCACGUUACCUGCGUAUGAGCUUUGCAUAUCAGGUGUUUACCAAAGAGCUGUCUUUAAUGGCACACUUAGUGCAAUAAUUUCACAGGGGAUUAGCCUAUUGGCUGGUUAGAAAUUAUCUAACUUUUUAUUUAUAUUUUAUAUUAUAUAGACUGAUAUACAGGUGAUUUUGUAAUCAUAACGUUUUCAUAUAUCUUA